AUGAGUGAAAACAAUAAUAUUGACAUUCAAAGUCCACCCUGUGUUCUCUGUGGAUGGACAGAUGACUGCCCUGAAAAGUAUGGAGAAAAAAAAACCUAUGUGGAAUACCAUCUUACUGUUCAUUAUUACUGUUUGUUGAUGUCAAGUGGCAUUUGGCAGAGGGGGAAAGAAGAUGAAGGUAUAGAUGGAUUCUUAAUCACUGAUAUUAAAAAAGAAGUAAAUAGAGCUGCAAAACUGACAUGUAAUAUCUGUAGGAGAAAGGGUGCUUCAAUUGGAUGUGUAGCUCCCAAAUGCAAGCGAAGUUACCAUCUUCCUUGUGGGAUAAAAAAGGAGUGUAUUUUCCAGUUCAUGGAAGACUUCAGAUCUUACUGCUGGGAACAUAAACCAGUCCAAAAGUUUCCGGAUAAAGAAUCUGGAGAAACCUCACAGUGUACGAUAUGCUUGGAUUUGGUUGAACAGCUUCCAGUGUACACUGUAUUGAAAAGUCCUUGCUGUAAAAAUGCUUGGUUUCAUCGAGAAUGCUUGCAGUAUCAAGCUUUGAGUGCUGGGAUAUUUUUCUUUAGGUGCACAGUAUGUAAUAACAAGGACAAAUUUCAGAAAGAAAUGUUGAGGAUGGGUAUACACAUUCCAGAAAAGGAUGCAUCUUGGGAACUUGAAGAGAAUGCAUAUCAAGACCUACUGCAGUGCUAUCAACACUGUGACAUUAAAAGAUGUCUCUGCAAGAAAGGAAGAGACUAUAAUGAACCUGAUAGUAAAUGGGAAAUAAAGCGUUGUCAGUGUUGUGGUUCCAGUGGAACUCACUUGGCCUGUUCAUCUAUGAAGUCACGGGAGCAAAACUGGGAGUGCGUGGAAUGCAGAAGUAUCUCGGCAAAAUCAGGGAACUACAGCAAACGGAAAAAGCGUUCUUUGGCUACCUCUGAAAAAACAGAAGGGACAACUUGUUUGCUGGAAGAGCCAUCUCCAAAGUGCCCUCAUCAGUCACCUGGAUCUCAAUGCAGUUUUCUCCUCCAAUCACCAAAGAUAAUGUGCCAGAACAACUUGUCACCCUGCCCAGACCUAGAACUUCCAGCAUCCAACAGAAUGACCAUGUCCUUAUCUCCACUGAGGUCAAACAGGAAGUGUUCCCUAAGCAAAAAGCAUUUAAGAAAGCAAAGAAGGAAAGUUUCUAAUAUACUGAAGGAGUUAAAGCUACAAGUUAAAACAAAAACCACAAGGCUUAACAUCAGUGCAGAAAAUAUCUGGAACGAUGCUUUAAAAGAAUUUAGAAAGCGCAACUUCAAUCCUACAAACACCAUUGAAAUAAAGUUCACAAACUGCAAAAAUAGAUCACAGACACAUACUUCUGCUGGAUCAAAACACCAUUUCUUCAAAUUACUAAUGCUUCAUCUUCAAAAUUCAUCACUGUUUGAGGGCUCUUCUGCAAAGAACUUGUCCCUUGAUUUUCAAGCUGUAAAAGAGAAUCUUUAUUUUGAAGCUGGUAAAAUGAUUGCAGUUUCUCUGGUUCACGGUGGCCCAUUUCCUGGUUUCUUUUCCAAAACACUGUUCAAUUGUCUUGUCUGUGGUCCAGAGAACGUGAAGCCAGCUUUAGAAGAUGUUGCUGAUGUUGAUGUAGCACAGACAAUAAAAAUGAUAAAACAUGCAAAUAGUCUGUCCAGCCUACAGUCUACAGUACACAACUGUUAUGAAUUCCUUGCUGCUGCUGGAUGUUUAAGACCUAUAACAGCUUUGUCUGAUAAGAAUACACUGGUGGAUGAUAUAUUGAUCUGUCAUGUAAUCAAGAGAGUUAUUUCACCCUUAGAAAGUUUUAGGCAAGGUUUGGAAACUCUUGGUGUGCUGGAGAAAAUGCAAAUACAUCCGGAUGCGUUCGCUAGUGUACUGUGCCACAAACCUGAAAAACUUUCAGCUGAAACUAUUUGUGAACUCUUUACAAUCCAUUCCUCAUCAGAUGUAAAUAAAGUUGAUUUUUGGAUGGGUUAUUUGCAAGAUGUGGAAAGUGGUGAGUCUGUCGUGACAUUGGAGGAUAUCCUGCUCUUCGUCACAGGCUCUUUUUCUAUACCUCCCAUUGGUUUUGAUCCUGAACCUACUAUUAAAUUUUUGCAUAAAAGGUAUCCCGUUGGAAACAGACUUCUUAAUUGUUUAGAGCUCCCUAUAACAGAGACAUAUGAGCAGUUCAAAAAUACAAUGGAGUUCACCAUCAGAAACACACUAAAAGUCGAAAAAGAAUAG